AUGAUUGAGUUUGAUGAAAUUUUUGAAUUUUUAAGAGAAGUAGAAAUUACAUGUGAAAAUUUUAACGAAAAAGAUGAAGAAAAAGAAAAAAUAAUAUUAUUUAUAAAUGAGUUAAAAUCAUACAUUGAUGAUUUUUCAAAUUCCCUAAGAGAAAAAAUAAAUAAAUCAAGUGAUAUAACCGAAUUAGAUAUAUUAAAAAAAAUUAUUAAUAAGAAAAACUGUUUAGAAAAUUUAAUUUCACAAGAAAAAAACAAUUUUAAUAACUUCAAACAAAAAAGUAUUCUACAUAAUAAUAGUAAUAUAGAUAGUUUAAGUAAUGAUAUGAAUAAUAGUUACACGAAUCAUGAUAAUUUAAAUAGUGAUAAUAUAAAUAAUUAUAUAAAUACUAGGAACAUGAAUAAUGUUGAUAAUACAAUCAAUGUAGCUGAUAAUAAUAGUAAUAUUAAUGUACAAAAUGCAAAAGAAGUUAAAAAUUACUUUGAUAAUAUAAAUUAUAAUUUUAUUAAAAAUUGUAAUAAAGAAUUUUCAUACAAUAAUAUAAAUGAUAUUAUAACAAAAACAGAAACUAAUAAAGAAAAAGAAGAAAAAAAAAAAUCCAUAUCAUUUAACUUAAACAACAUAAAUGAGAAUAAUCGAAAUGAAUAUAAUAGCAAAGAGGAAGAACAAAUAGAAGAAGAAAUUAUUUCUAAAAAUAGUAAAAAAACAUUAUUUCCUGAUGAAAAUGUAUAUACAACUAACUUAGAAAAUUAUAAAAUUUUAAAAGAUGAUAUUAUAAAAGAAUGGAGUGAGCAUAUAGAUGAAUACGACAAUUUAAUUUAUGAGCAUACAUUUGAAUAUAAAAAAAAUAAUGUCAGGAAAAAAAUGGAAAAGAAAAAAAAUAUUAAUUUCUCCAAUGAAAAUAUUGAUGAAGAAUUAUGUUUAUUGGCUCAAGAAAUGAAAGAAAAUGUUUUAACUUACAGAGAUAUAAUAGUUGAAGAUAAUAAAACUUUAGAAAAAGCUGCAGGUAAACAAUUACAGAAUUUAGAUGCCUUGGCAGAUGUAAAUAAAAAAACAAAAAAAAUGAAUGAAAGUAAAAAUAUUUCUUUCUUCUUAUCUUUAAUAAUAAUUGCUAUUUCAAUAUUACUUUUUAUGCUAACAUUUUUUGUUAUAGUGUUUUUAUAA